AUAAGUUUGUUUUUUGCAGUUGGAUUUUGCGUGGUUGUGGAGCUUUUUACAUAAGACGACGAGUUGACGGUUCCGAAUACCACGGCGAUCCUAUUUACAAGUCAGCUCUCAGGGCCUACAUUCUUAACAGUUUGGGAGCGAACAACAACUUGGAGUUCUUUAUAGAAGGAGGACGGACAAGGACGGGGAAACCGCAGCCGCCAAAAGCUGGCAUUCUAUCUGUGAUAAUGGACGCGUAUUUGGAUGGUACGAUUGACGAUGCCCUUCUAGUACCAGUAACAUUGAACUACGAGCGGUUGGUAGACGGCAGUUUUGUGCGCGAGCAACUUGGUAUGCCGAAACAAAUGGAGACCUUCUGGUCGGCUUUGCGAGGCAUCUGGAGGACGUUGAAUACCAACCACGGCGGGAUAAGGGUUGAUUUCAACCAGCCUAUAUCGCUCAAGGAGUUAGUGACAUCAUUCCAGAAGUACAAUUACCUGAAGGCGCCCAUCGAGCGCUGUCUCACUCCACCCAACAACAACCUGGCUGUGAACCUGGACCGUCAGAUCCUGUACAACCACAGCCACUCCAGUCUGUACGGUGCUGACGUCACAACUGAUCAUAAGAUGAUGGUCGAAGCUAUCGGCAGACAUCUUGUAUACGACGCGGCACAAUCAACAGCUCUGAUGUCAACAAACGUAUUAUCAUACGUACUGCUGAGUGAACAGCGUCGCGGUUGUACACUGCAGCAGCUGCAGCGCUGUGUGGAGGCGCGCGGUGCAGCGCUGCAAGCCGCUGGCAGGGACCUCGGCUACACAGGAGAUACCAGCUCACUUGUCAAACAUGCUCUGGAGAUGCUAGGUCGUGGUCUGGUGCGACGUGACGGACGUCAAGUGCGCGCACAGCCCACAGUGUCAGCUGCACUUGAACUCUCAUACUACGCGAACGCACUCGUCGCGCACUACGCCGCACCAGCUAUACUUGCUACGGCACUAGAGAGCAUAGUAUGUGAGAGCGAUGAGGACACAGUGCGACACAGCGAGCUGAUAGAGUCAUCCCUGCAGCUGUGCGAGGUGCUCAGUCAGGAGUUCAUCCUGUGCCCGCCCUGCACCCGCAUCGAGGAGACCAUGCUCAGUGCCAUAGGUACCCUGGUCUCCUGUGACGUCCUCUCCGAAAUACAGGUUAAUAUCUACCUAUGGAAUCCUGGUACUCUGUGA